GGAAGAGCAGGUUUAUCAUGACACAACAAAAACAUCAUUCAGUUCGACGAAUUCACGAGGACCGUCAGGUUGUAUUCAGAAGAUACUCUACUUGCAUUCUAUGUUGCAAAAAUGUUAAGCAUAAAAAGCCUUCUUUUCUCUUGAUUAUGCUAUAAAAAACAAACGUGAGACAUACGGACAAACAACAUGUCUGAUUCCUACACAUCUUUCAGUGGAUUGAAUGGUUUGAUGGAGAGAUCAGACUCUUCUGGCCCUAGUGUUUUGUCCAUGAAGAGUGACCGAUCCAUGAAAAUACCAAUUCAACUGAAAAAUGGAUCAGCUCCAAUGGAAAAAAGUUUGAUGGAGAGAUCAGACUCUUCUGGCCCUAGUGUUUUGUCCAUGAAGAGUGACCGAUCAAUGAAAAUACCAAUUCAACUGAAAAAUGGAUCAGCUCCAAUAGAAACAAGGGACUUACACAGAAAAUCAAGUCAAGACGCUAAGAAGAAUGACAGCCUUCCUGGAGGAUGCAUGGGAUAUCAACAUGAUUCAGAAACACAUCAAGUCAAGAUUCAAAGAUUAAAAUCAAACAUAAAAAAGAAGCAUUGGUACAUUUUUGAAGGAUUUGCAAAGCAGGGAAACCUAACACUCCUGAAUGAGAUCUACACAGAGCUCUACAUCACAGAGGGUGGGAAUGGAGAGAUCAGUAAUGAACAUGAAAUUAAAAGGAUUGAAAAAUCAUUGAAGGCUGCAGAAGGAGCAACAAUACCAAUCAAAUGCAAUGACAUCUUUAGACCUUUACCUGGACAAGACAAACCCAUCAGAACUGUGCUGACAAAGGGAGUCGCUGGCAUUGGAAAAACAGUCUCUGUGCAGAAGUUCAUCCUGGACUGGGCUGAAGGGAAAGAGAAUCAGGACGUCCAGCUCAUAUUUCCACUUCCUUUCAGAGAGAUCAAUUUGAUGAAGCACAAAACACUCAGUCUUUCAGAUUUUCUUCAUGUCUUUUUCCCUGAAACAAAAGAAAUGGAAAUAUCUGGAGACAAAUAUAAAGUGUUGUUCAUCUUUGAUGGUCUGGACGAGUGUCGUCUGUCUCUGGAUUUUCAGAGCGAUGUGAGGUUGUGUGAUGUAAGUGAAUCAGCCUCAGUGGACGUGCUGCUGACGAACCUCAUUGUGGGGAAUCUGCUUCCCUCUGCUCUCAUCUGGAUCACCUCCAGACCAGCAGCAGCUGAUCUCGUCCCCUCUGAGUGUGUCCAUCGAGUGACAGAGGUACGAGGUUUCAAUGAGCCACAGAAGGAGGAAUACUUCAGGAAGAGAAUCAGUGAUCAGAGUCUGGCCAAUACAAUCAUCUCACACCUGAAGUCAUCAAGGAGCCUCUACAUCAUGUGCCACAUCCCAGUGUUCUGCUGGAUCUCAGCCGCUGUUCUAGAGAAGAUGUUGAGCGAAGCAGAGAGUGGAGAGAUUCCCAAGACUCUCACUCAAAUGUACACACACUUCCUAAUGGCACAGAUUAGCAUCAAAGAUACAAAGUAUGCUGAGGAGGAGGACAAAGAUAAAGAGAUGAUUUUCAAACUAGGGAAAGUGGCAUACGAGCAACUGAAAAGAGGCAAUGUGAUCUUCUAUGAGGAAGACCUGAGAGAGUGUGGCAUUGAUGUGACAGAAGCAUCAGUGUACUCAGGAUUGUGCACUCAGAUCUUCAGAGAGGAGUUAGGCUGGUAUCAGGGGAAAGUCUUUUGCUUUGUUCAUCUGAGCAUUCAGGAACAUCUAGCAGCUCUAUAUGUGCAUCUCUCCUUCCACAACAGUGGCAAAAGUGUGCUUGAAGCAUGUGAAUCUGAAGCGCCUGUGACAAUGUUGAGCUUACACAAAUGUGCAGUUAAAAGAUCUUUAGAAGUUAUGAAUGGACAUCUCGACCUUUUCCUGCGCUUCCUCAUGGGACUUUCACUGGAGUCAAAUCACAACCUCCUAAAAGGACUUUUGGUGAAGAAGACAGGAAGUUCCCUGGAAAGAGAGAAAACUAUUGAGUAUCUCAAGCAAACGAUAAAAACUAUCCCUUGCUCAGAAAUGACUCUUGUUUUGUUCCACUGUCUGAAUGAACUCAAUGAUCAUUCCCUCAUUAAUGAAAUCCAAAUCUACCUGACCUCUGAAAAAAUAAACAGCGACAGCCUUUCCCCAGAUCUUUGGUCAGCUCUGGUGUAUAUCUUAAUGACAUCUAAUGAGAAGUUCAAUGAGUUUGAACUUUGUAAAUAUGGAAGAUCGGACACGGCUGUGUUCUGGUUGCUUCCUGUGAUCAAGUUGUCGAAAAAGAUCUGGAUGCAUGACUGUAAUAUCACAGAGAAAGGCUGUGCAGUGCUUUCUGCUGUUCUUCCAUCAAUAUCUAAUCUCAGAGAGCUGGACUUGAGCCACAACAACCUGCAGGAUUCUGGAGUGGAAAUACUCUGUAUUGGACUGAAAAGAUCACACUACGACUUAAACAAAUUAAUGAGGAGUCUGGGUUCUCAUGAGUGUGAGCCCAAUCUUAAUUUUGUUGUUCUUCCUACUGCUGGACUACAGGAUACAAACUGUAGGCUGGAAUCACUCAAUCUGAAGGAAUGUGGAGUAACAGAAGCAGGCUGUGUUUUCCUGAGCUCAGCUUUCAGUUUAAAUCCUUCUCAUCUGAAGGUGCUGGACCUGAGCUGGAACAACAUAGGAGACUCAGGAGUGAAACAUCUCUGUGCUGCUCUGGAGAAAUUUCAGUGUGCAUUGGAAACACUAAAACUUUCAACUUGCAAAAUCAACGCGGAAGGUUUUGAAUCUCUGUCUUCAGCUCUGAGGUCAAACACUCAUCUGAGAGAGCUGGACCUGGGCAACAACAGGCCUGGAGAUCAGGGAGUGGAGCUGCUGUCUGCAGUUCUUCGUGAUCAAAACUGUAGACUGAAAACACUGAGGUUGGACAAAUGUGGAGUCACAGAGAAAAGCUGCACUGCUCUGGCUUCAGCUCUCAGCUCACAGACCUCCAGUCUGACUGAUCUGGAUCUGAGUAUUAAUGAUCUACAAGACUCAGGUGUGAAGAAGCUCUGUGUCGGACUGCAGAAUCCUCACUGUAAACUAGAGAGGCUGAGGUUGUACAACUGUAAUGUUACACAUGAAGGUGUGGCGUCACUGACCAAAGCCCUGAAAUCAAAUCCAUCCCACCUGAAAGAGCUUGAUCUGCUUGAGAACGAUCUGGAAGAGACAGACUUGAAUGUGCUCUCCAUGAUACUGGACAAGUCGUCAAAAAAAACAGAAGAAAACAAUGUUUAUAAUAACCCUUUAAAAAAAGAGUGGAAUAACUCAUAAAAUGCAUUCAUACUAAUAUCAUUGCAAAAGAGUAACAUCAUGAACUUAAUGGAAAGGGUUAUGUGGAGAUAUGUGGAUGCUUGAUAAUGAACAUGCAUUUUGAUUCAGGAUACAUAAAGAGUGCCAACUACAAACAAUUUCUUUGAAAUUUUAUUUUAUGAACUAGAUACAAAAAGGUCAUAAAUAAAGCUCAUAAGUUAGGUGCACCUAAAGGUGGAAAUUCAGAAAAUGUGAAAUUAAGAUUUCUCAACCUGUUAUCAAACCGUUCUUAAAUGUACUGCUGUUUUACAAUGUUAAAUUUACUGCAACAUGAAUAUUAUGCUCACUGUGAAAAUUAAAUACAUUCGUUAACAUAUUUUUGUCAUGUCAUGGAAAAAAAAACAGGAAGAAAAUGUUGGAACUCGGAAGCUGUACAUGGAAACGACUGCUGGUAUUAUGUACAUC